AUGGUGAAAACCUUUGCCUUCAGUCAUGAAACGAAGACGACUUCAUGGCUUCCGCCCAUCGAGUCGUGGAAAGGAUCCGACGAUCAGUACUUUCCCUACGGCUGGGAGUCGGCGGUGGAUAAGGACGGGAAGGCCUAUUAUAUCAACUGUUAUUAUGGAAUGAGAUAUACACUGACUUCCCUUUUCCUUUGCGUGGAUCCGAUGAUCCCUUCCCUCUCUUCAGACGUGGCUUUUCGAUGA